CACUGUGCAGACACAGGGAACUUCCUUUGUCAGAGUGAUCAUAGUGAAAGGGAGUCGGCUCUGAAAUAACAGUUUGCGCCUCAACAAUGCCGGAGAGCUUCCUUUCUAAAUGCAGUGAAAGAGCUCGAUGGACAAAAGCUAGACGGUGUAUAUUUCUGUCUGUGCUGCUUUUCGGGAUGGGGACGCUCUUCAAUUUGAGAUGUCGCCAGGAGAGCCCGUUCUUGGUUCUCGUGAUCCCUGUCACACCAAACAACACAAAGGCCCGGGACAUAAUUCGCAGAACGUGGGGAAAUCAAACUGUUGUUCUGGGCCAAGAGAUCCGUCACUUCUUCCUAUUGGGACUGUCAAUGGGACAGAACGGGACGGAGCAACCUGAGCCAGAGUUGUUACAAGAGAGCAGGACAUACCAUGACAUUCUCCAGAGUAACUUCCUGGACAGCUACCACAAUCUGACCAUUAAAACGAUGGUUAUGUUCGAGUGGCUCAGCGAUCACUGCCCCUUCACCUCCUAUGCCAUGAAGGUCGACUCAGACAUAUUCCUCAACGUGCGAAACCUGGUCGAUAUGCUUUUGAAAGCCCCCCGCCAUCUCUACAUAACGGGCUCGGUGGCGAGGGAUGCUGAGGUUUUGCGGAACAGUGACUCAAAGUGGUUUCUGCCAGUCACAGCCUUCCCCGAGUCAACAUACCCGCCUUACGCCCUGGGACUGGGCUACGUGUUCUCGCUGGAUCUACCAACGAGGAUACUGAGGGCGUCCACCCACAUCAGGGCCAUUUACAUUGAGGACGUGUACGUCGGCCUGUGCUUGAGACAUUUGGGAGUUUUGCCCACGGAUCCUCCUCAAGAGGGUUUGUUCAUGACCACGGUGCCUUUUCUAACAAACUUCUGUUAUUGGACAUCUGUCAUCACAACAAUACUGGAGGACUCUGAGCAACUUUUGGAUGUGUGGGACACAUACCAGACUGAAGCACAAGGCAAAUGUUAAUCCGCUUUAUCUGUACCGCCCAAACUGCUGCUGUGUAACACUGUUUUGAAAACCACUCUGUUUACCUCACAUGUUAACAGAUAAGUAUCUCUAUUGUACGCUAAUGACAUUUGACACUGGAACAGGGGCUAGCCAGACAGAUGUGCAUUGAUGUGUAUGUAUAGAUUGCACAAAAUUUAAAUGUAUACUUUCUAGGCUCAUGGUAGUUUCCGCUGCCUCUAUUUCUGGUUCCAUGAUUCACAGGAAACAAUUGUCUCUUUUCAACAACAACCUACUCAGCUCUACGGAACUUAACACGACUCAGUCUUUUCCAUUUCAACUGAGUACCACAAUAACUCUUCUUGUCUUAAAAAAGUUACCAAUGACAAAACUAGAAACGUUUCUCUGUGUUAUUGGAGACUACACAUGAAAGAACAAUUAUUCUGUGUCCACGUUGCAAAUGUCCCGUCCUGGAUUACAAAACGAGAUGUAAAUAUCUGUUUUGGUUUUUUUAAUGAUUGUUUUCACAUUAUUUAUUUUCAAAAUUUUAUACAUUUCAUGUUUCAUGUUGUGCUGUUUCAGGGAAAGUAUUAAAGUUCUGAAAUUAUUUGAUGAUUGCAUCUAGUGACUUUAAUGACUGCUACUUUUGGUACAGAGGAAUUGGCAACAGUGGAGCUAGCUCACUUUGAACAGUGGCCUAGGAAGUGUUAUAAAUAACUGGUACUAGGAGUUACAAUCUAAUAGAAAACCUGUUUUAAGUAGCACCAAGUAAUGCAAAAGGGUCAGUUGUCUGCAUUAUGUCCCACGGGAACUGUCAGUUGCAGACUGCAGUACCACCAAAUAAGGUAGUUGUGAGCAAAAUAUCAGUAUAACCACAUAUGAUGUGCAAUAAAUUGAGUCACACUCACACAACUGAAACACUUCUCUUUGGGCUGGGAAACCACAACAUAUGUACGAAUAUGUAUAUAUGUCUAUGUGGGAAACAAAUAAGGGGGAACAGCACCUUCCUGUGGUCUGGAGGUAAAAUAGACAACAUAAACACAGUUCGGAUGAAACAUUGUACUUGCUUUAUAUAAUUUACUAUCAUUGAAAAUAUCAGCAGUUGCAAGUCAACCUAACUAUAUGUAAACAAAGCAUUAUAAAUUUAUUAUGACAAAAAAAUGGAAAUCUUGAAAUUCGUCUUCCAGAAAAACGGCUUUGUGUCUCUUGAAUUGCACCUUGUCACACUGACAAAAACAUGGAGUAAUAUCAAGCAAUACAAGAACAGCCUGCUGUUGUAAAAGAUUUCUCUGCAUGGUCACAUCAAAUUAUGUUAGACUGCACAAUGAAGCACGGGGGUGGUAGCAUCAUGCUGUGGCGAUGUUUGUCAUCAGAGAAACUGGUCAAAACUGAAAGUGGUCCACAAAAAAGGA